CACAACCGUCAACAUGACACACAACCGUCAACACAACACACGACACGCAUCAGACGACACGGGCGACACGACACAGGCGUCAGAUGAGACGACACAGGCGUCAGACGAGACGACACACAUCACAGGCGUCAGACGACACAGGCGUUGCACGCAUCAGACACAUCACAUGACACAGGCGUCAGACGACACAGGCAUCAGACGACACGACACACAUCACAGGCAUCAGACGACACAGGCGUUGCAUGCAUCAGACACAUCACACGACACAGGCGUCAGACGACACGACACGGGCGUCAGACGACACGACACGGGCGUCGGACGACACGACACGGGCGUCGGACGACACGACACGGGCGUCAGACGACACGACACACAUCACAGGCGUCAGACGACACAGGCGUUGCACGCAUCAGACACAUCACACGACACAGGCAUCAUACGACACAGCCAUCAGACGACACAGGCAUCAGACGACACGACACACAUCACAGGCAUCAGAUGACACGACACAGGCGUCAGACGAGACGACACACAUCACAGGCGUCAGACGACACAGGCGUUGCAUGCAUCAGACACAUCACACGACACAGGCGUCAGACGACACAGGCAUCAGACGACACGACACACAUCACAGGCAUCAGACGACACAGGCGUUGCAUGCAUCAGACACAUCACACGACACAGGCGUCAGACGACACAGGCAUCAGACGACACGACACACAUCACAGGCGUCAGACGACACAGGCGUUGCACGCAUCAGACACAUCACACGACACAGGCAUCAUACGACACAGGCAUCAGACGACACAGGCAUCAGACGACACAGGCAUCAGACGACACAGGCAUCAGACGACACGACACACAUCACAGGCAUCAGACGACACAGGCAUCAGACGACACAGGCAUCAGACGACACGACACACAUCACAGGCAUCAGACGACACAGGCGUUGCAUGCAUCAGACACAUCACAUGACACAGGCGUCAGACGACACGACACAGGCAUCAGACGACACGACACACAUCACAGGCAUCAGACGACACGACACACAUCACAGGCAUCAGACGACACAGGCAUCAGACGACACGACACACAUCACAGGCAUCAGACGACACGACACACAUCACAGGCAUCAGACGACACGACACACAUCACAGGCAUCAGACGACACGACACACAUCACAGGCAUCAGACGACACAGGCAUCAGACGACACGACACACAUCACAGGCAUCAGACGACACAGGCAUCAGACGACACGACACACAUCACAGGCAUCAGACGACACGACACACAUCACAGGCAUCAGACGACACGACACACAUCACAGGCAUCAGACGACACAGGCAUCAGACGACACACACACACAACAGAAAUUAUGAUCGUCCAGAUGUAAAUUCACCCCAAAAUCUAAAAAUAAGAUUGAUCAUAUUUUACAUGAAUUAUUUUCCCUUUAAUGAGAAUUAAACAUGAAUGUCUUUGAGUGGUUUAGUGAGAUUCCUCUAAAUAAUCCAGAAUGAUAUUAUAAUAAAAGUUGAAAUAAUGUU